AUGAGUUCGGCCGUGUUCGACCCUGGCAAACGCGCUGAUGAUGACAAGACGGUCACUUUGGUCGAAGAAGCGCCCGUAGAACCAGAUCCCAGCCCACCAUCGGUCACCGGGCAACGUUUUGAGCAAUUCGAAAUUGCUGAAGCCAACAAUGACACCGUUCCCCAAGUGACCCUCAAAGGCCUGGCAAUGUUGUGCUUGCUUCGAUUCUCCUCCGCCUGGCAAGAUCGCUCGGUUACAUUCUCGACCUACCUCUUCUUGGUGCCCCUCUUCCCGACCACUCUAGUCCCCGCAUCUACCUUUGGACUCUGCACCACCACGUCUGGGAUCCUAUUCUCAAACCUAGCAGGCAGACUCGCUGGAUCGAGGAUGGAGAUCACCCAUGCAGUUGAAAGGGGGAAUAAACCGAGGGACGAUGCCAUGUUGGGAGUAUUGGUGAUUGCUGGAUGCGUGCUCAAGGUCUCUAGCGUGUGUUUGACGCUUAGUGUGGAGAGAGAGUGGCCUUCUGCUAUCGGAAGGGGUUCGUCGCAGCGGCUUACAAGGAUGAAUACCUGGAUACGAAGAGUGGACCUCAUAUGCGAUCUUGUCGCUCCCCUAUUUGUGUCUGGGUUGUCCGCAGGCGUGCAUUACCCCUUUGCAGCUGCCUUUUUGGCCGUUCGGGAGUUCGCCCACGACCUCCGAGAGUUCAGCAAGCUCCCGGUGUUCUUCACAUCCCUGUCGAUUGCCAGCAUCUAUUUGACGGUCCUCUCUUUCGACGGCACCAUGCUCACCUUCCUCAAAAAUACACUGAACUACUCUGAUCCCUUUUUGGCCGCACAACGGGGAGUGUGUACUAUCGCUGGCCUCAUAGGGACCUUGCUGUUUCCUCUUGUCAUGCAACGUAUUGGAUUAGUUCGGACUGGUAGUUGGGCCAUCUGGUCUGAGUUCGCGUGUUUGAUCCCUGUCGUUGUCUCGUUAUAUGUGGGGUCCAGUGAGCGUGUAACAAAGAUCAGCACACCGCCCUGGAACGCAGCCAUGCUUUUCGGAGGGAUGGCCUUGUCUCGAAUCGGGCUCUGGAUGUUCGACUUAUCCCAAGUCCAAAUCCUGCAAGAAUCCUUGGAAUCCCAUCCUCGACGAACGAGAUUGACGUCCAUCCAAUUCAUCAUGCAGGAUAUGUUCGACCUCGCAAAGUAUGCGAUCACGAUAGGACUUGCUAAACCCUCCCAGUUCCGAUGGGCAGGGCUGAUCAGCGUGAUAUCAGUACUGAUGGGUGGAUGUCUGUACACUCUCGGUUAUGCGAGACGAGUGAGGGGACAUAUCUCGCCUCAUUGGAGAUGGUUGAAGAAGUUCAAGGUUAUCUAG